AUGGCAAGCCAGACCGAGGGAGGCGACCCAACCACGGCGAAGGAUCAAGCUGAGCCAAAGGUUCAGUUCGUGACCGCAAGACCCGACUCAUCCCAAGCGAGAAGCGAGAUUAAAUCAUUAAUUCGAGCCCACGCUUCUCGCGCCUCGUGGGCCAAGAUCAGGCAGGGCAAACACUCGAGGCAAGAGGGCAGUUCGCAGAUUGGCUCCGGCCGGCGCCCCGGCGUACAGCAACCCCGCGGGGCAAAUACCGGACUAGCGUCGCGUUCAAAUGACGAGCAGGAUAAAGAUAUUACCCACUUCGGGGAAACUGGUGGUCCCUCAGGCUCUCGACAAGUCGUGCGAUCUAGAAGGCCGAGCAUCACUAGAUCAUAUCCUGCCCCCAACCCUCUGCGUACAGUGGCUGCGGGGGAUAUUGACCCAUUUACGAGCUAUCCAUCGCGGCUGCCAAAAGAGAUAGCUACGCCUGUUAUUGCCCAAGUCAACCACUACUUCAAUACCAUGUUCCUCCCAGAUCCUGAUCGCUUGGAAGCGAGCACCUACAUCCGCCAUUGGAUAUCCUGGUACAUGAAUAACAGCGUCUUGUUCCAUGCUCUGUGCUACAGCCAAUUAGCCAGGCUGUCGGUCACCGAAGCUUCGGGCCUCAACCCCGUUAGUCAAAGGGCCAAAUGGUACUGCUAUUCGAUGGUGGUGGUGGAGGUCAAUAGACGAUUCAAUAAUGUUUCCACCCGAUGUUCCGACGAGAGUAUUCUUGCCGUGCUGGCAUUGGCAUUUCAUGGUGUCAGGUCGACACCCGGCAGCGAACAAGCACCCCGGUCACCCUCACAGGGUCCACUGAAUUCCAUGCAGGGCCUGGAUUUAUACUCAGGUCGACUAGAUCCCGUGCACAUGCACGUCCACGGUUUGGCAAAGAUGCUGGCCAUGCGGGGAGGUGUUGACGAGAUCCGGGCCCCGGGGUUGGCGGCAAUGCUCAGCUAUGGGGAAUUGAUUCUGGCAUCCCGAUCGCUGCAAAGACCGGCCUUGCGCUUUGUGCCAAUCGGAGAGUCUCCGGAGAGCACCCUAGCCACCGUCCACAGGCCAGGACAUCCUCUAGCCCAGCUCGGCACAGGCUUUCGGACGCUCUACAACGUUCUUCCGUCAGAAACGGCGCAGGAACUCUACGUCGUCGUCCUGCAGCUUUCGACGUAUCUGCUCGCGGUCGACGAUUAUAUCAUGGGUCGGCCGCAAGCCCAGAGCGUGUUGAUACUCGCGGACCAAAGGAACUUUGUCCAGCACAGCUUAAUGUCGUUGUACUCGAGCCCGAGGGACGAGACCACGUCCGGCGACCAAAUUUACCCACUUCGACAAGCCACCUGGUGCGCCGGGGUCGUGUACAGCCUGACCAGCAUCUUCCCCAUCCCCCGUGCGGGAGCGCUCUUCGCCAAGCUCGCCUCGCGGAUCAAGCAGCAUCUCAUAGCCACCACGUCGAGUGGCGAUGGCGGCCACCACGAAGGGAGUAAGUGGCGGGAAGCCGCGUCGCUGAUGCUGUGGAUCACGUUCAUGGGCCUCCUGGCAUCCACGGCCCACCCGGACAGCGAGGCCGAGAAGACGUGGUACAUUUCCGUCCUCGAGCGCCUCGUGCACCGGAUGCAGAUCUUGAGCUGGCAGCGCUUGAAGGACCAGCUGCUCAACUUCCUCUGGUUCCCCAGCACGAGCGACACCGACGGGCAGCGGCUGUGGAGGGAGAUCCACACGUCCAAUCCGUUCCGGGAGAGUUGA